AUCGCCGGAAAAACCGUAUUUUUUCCACAAGCAAAAGAAAAUUUAUUUUAUGUUCGACUAUUGCCAUUUAAUAAAAUGCAUGCGCAAUAUGAUCUUAAAGUAUGAUGUUGAAACACAAGAUGGGCUGACAACUUUUAAAGUUGUCCGCAAAAUAUAUGCCAUAGACCAGGCGAACGUUAAUUUUAAAAUGUGCCCAAAAUUAACCUAUUCGCAUGUGUACCCCACAAAUUUAGAAAAGAUGUCGGUGUCUAGAGCGACACAAAUUUUCAGCAACUCGGUCGCCGCGGCAAUUGAUAUGUCAAUAAAAGAAAAUUUGUUGGGCUCCGAUGAGCACUUAAAAAAAUGCGCUAAACCAACCCAACUGCUGGUGAAGAGAAUGAAUGAUCUUUUCGACGAAUUGGAUUGCAAGACGCUUUGCAAUCCAAAUCCUCGAAGACGACCAAUACAAAGAGGUUGUAUUGAGAAAAUUAAUAGAUUAAAAGAUCAUAUCGAAUAUAUAAAAAAUAUAAAAAAGCCCAACAGCCAACUAUUGUGCCUAGAUUCGUUUGUUUUAACAAUAAAUGCAAUGAUUGCAUUGAGCGGCGAUAUAUUCGAAGAAUAUUCGAAUAUAUCCUUUAUACUCUUAGGGAGGAUGAACCAAGAUGCCUUGGAAAACUUUUUUUAUAAAAUAAGAGCAAAUUUAGGAUGUAAUAACCAUCCAUCAGCGCACGAGAUGCAGUAUAUUGUAGCAAGGCUAGUGUCCAUGCAUAUACUGCGACGCAACUUCUCGCAAUCAGGCAGCAAUUGCGAAGAAGACGACGAUAUAAACCUUGACUGGAAUAUUGGCCAGGAAGACGACCUGAAAGAAAAUUUGAAACCGUCUGAGCAACUUGCCGUGGAACAAAUAAAUGUUCCAGAUGAGCAAUUUGAUCAGAAUGAAAAACCAGCCGAGAUACAGGUUCGUCGCUAUUAUACUGGAUAUGCGAUAUACCAGAAAGUUUUAUGUAGAUUGAAGUGCGACAAAUGUGCCAUUUUAAUGCGGAAUACGGAAAGCUCUUUGGAAGACUCAUCGGAAGCCCUUAUUAGGUCCAAAAAUUACAAAAGCGCGAAUGACCUAAGGCUGGUUAAUCCCGAUGAUAGAGUCUUCGACAUAAGCCGCCUACAAAUGAGCUGCUAUAAAGAGCUCUUUAUAGCAAAUUCUUGCAGAGUGGGUAUAAAAUCUAUGAUUUUAGCCCAGAUUACUGCAAUUACGAAUCAGAAAUACCCAGAGUGGUAUAGCGAGGCUGGAGAUUGCCUCGAACAUAGGCAUCAGUUUUUAGACUUUUUGAUAACAGUUUUACUGUUCAAAAACGCGAAAUGGCUGGCGCACGAACAGGAACAGAUUCAUAAAAAUGAAGUGAGGGCGAGGCAUUUUAAUAAACAGCAAAAAUUAAAGAAAUUGGUAACGUAGAUUGUAGGCCACAUUCAAUUUUUCUAGCGAUUUCCGUGUUAUAAAAGAUUCUUCCUAAACUAAUAUUGUUCUUUUUUUUUCUUUCAGGGUAGAAUUAAGUUGUAAAUAGUUCGUAGUAGUAGUUUUAGUAUUAGUUAUUGCUAGUUAGUUUUAGUAUUUAUUAAUGUAGUUAGUAGUAUGUACACGUGAGCCAAGCUUUGAAAAAAGCUGGUGAAAAAGACCUAAUCUUUAUUGAUUAGGUUGUGUGAGAAUUUGUGGUUGUAGGUAGACAAAUUCUGAAAAUCGUGUUUUACUAAAAAUAUAUUUUCUUAAUAAUUUUUUAUAUGUAUAUUUCUAAUAAAAUGAAUUUUCUUUUUAUUUUUCUUUGCAGUUUGAAUAAAUUUAAGUAAUUUUCAAUAAAUUUUUUAAUAAAUUUAAACAAAUUUAAGUAAAUUUACAUGUAUUUUCAUUUAAAUUUAAUUAUCAAUAAAUUUUUUAAAAAAUAUUUGCCAUAGUUGUCCAUUUUAUUUUCUCACACAUUUCAGGCGAUUUUUGUAUGGAAAUUUGACCGGCGUAGAAGCAAAAUGCUAAGCAACCAUACAUAUAUUAUUUCGUUUGCACAUUUGUCUGUAUGUUUGCGAAAGCAAAUGCUCUACAAAAUUUGCUCAUAUUUUCAUCACUUACCAACAUACUUCUUGCAAGUGCGUGCAUUGACCUACAUACAUACAUAUGCGUACACAUACAUAUGAAUAUGUCACCACAAAAAAUUGAUCUUCACAAGUCAAUAUGGCAGCCAAAUUGGCGAAGAACAAAUGUAGUAAUUCUUACAACAAAAACAAUUUUCAUUCAUAAACGCAGGCGCAAAUUGCACAAGCGAUCUCGCUUCAUUCAUAAAAACAGAUGCCGAACAUCUCCCCGAGCAUGCCUUUGCCAACAAGUGUCUUUUCGGCAAAAGCUAAAAAUCAUAAUUUGCACCACUUUCUGGUGCUUCUCGCAAAAAUCUGCGUCGAUAUGUAUUCACGAUCAUACGUACAUACAUAUUUACACACGUUUGUUGGCGAAGCUGUCACAGCGGCAAGGAAAGCGGUGACAAUCGGCGGCCAUUACUUUAUUUUUUUUGCCCUGGUUGCCCAUGACAACAUAGAUGCCAAAAAAAUGUAAACAAACAAGACAAAUGUAAGAAAUAAUAUAUGUAUGUAUGCCAUAGAAAUUCUACUGGUGCAAAAAAUGGUUCAUAUGAUACAAGAUCAUCAUGCAUAUGUGACUCAAAGAAUGCUUUUUUACAUUCUCUGUGUGACUUUGUAUAUUUUUCUUCAUAUCAUUUCUCUUUACUCAUUCUCGCAUGAAUUUAGUCGUUUUACAUAUAAUUCUGCCAGAGACAUGCUCAUUUCUGCUAAAUAGCAGCGAGAAUGGUGAAUUCCCUUCGCGAAUCCUAUAAGCUCUGUUAGCCGCGCAAUCGAACCAUCAUACAGAAUUCGAUUUGCACCUUCUCUAUACUUUACAUUCUCUGG